AUGCCGACUGAUAGUUCUCUUCAGAGGACAGAUGGACAGCUGCUUCUCUUCAGAGGUCAAGUAUCUGAAUUACAGGAAGAAGGAAUAAAUGCCAUUAACUUACCUCUCAGUCCAAUUCCAUUCGAACUAGACCCUGAGGACACUAUGCUAGAGGAAAAUGAAGUCCGAACAAUGGUUGAUCCAAAUUCAAGAAAUGACCCAAAAUUACAAGAACUAAUGAAGGUAUUAAUUGACUGGAUUAAUGAUGUGUUAGUAGGAGAGAGGAUUAUUGUGAAAGACUUGGCUGAAGACCUGUAUGAUGGACAAGUACUGCAGAAAUUAUUUGAGAAACUUGAAAGUGAGAAGCUGAAUGUUGCUGAAGUUACUCAGUCUGAAAUUGCUCAGAAACAGAAGCUACAGACAGUACUUGAAAAGAUCAAUGAAACCCUUAAACUCCCUCCAAGAAGCAUUAAGUGGAACGUUGACUCUGUUCAUGCUAAAAGUCUCGUAGCAAUACUUCAUCUUCUGGUUGCGUUAUCACAGUAUUUUCGAGCACCAAUCAGACUCCCAGAUCAUGUGUCCAUUCAGGUGGUUGUUGUGCAGAAACGAGAAGGAAUCCUCCAGUCUCGACAAAUCCAAGAGGAAAUAACUGGUAACACUGAGGCAUUAUCGGGAAGGCAUGAAAGAGAUGCAUUUGAUACUUUAUUUGACCAUGCUCCAGACAAGCUCAAUGUCGUGAAAAAGACUCUCAUCACCUUUGUGAACAAGCAUCUCAAUAAAUUGAAUUUGGAGGUCACUGAACUGGAGACCCAGUUUGCAGAUGGUGUGUACUUAGUCCUGCUAAUGGGCCUCCUAGAAGGCUAUUUUGUUCCUCUGCACAGCUUUUUCUUGACUCCUGAUAGUUUUGAACAAAAGGUCCUCAAUGUAUCCUUUGCGUUUGAGCUAAUGCAAGAUGGUGGAUUGGAAAAACCAAAGCCAAGACCAGAAGAUAUUGUAAAUUGUGACUUGAAGUCUACACUGAGAGUACUGUACAAUUUGUUUACCAAAUACAGGAACGUGGAGUGA